AUGGCCAUGGAGAUCCUCCCCCAAGAAGUCGUUGACCAGAUCGCAUCGAACUUACAUCGACCCGAUCUCAAGAAUCUACUACUACUGUCGCCCAAACUCCGCACCGCGGCUGAGAAAUACUCUGACGGCUUCACAUACUGCACACUGCGAGUACGCGAUCUCUGCGAAUUUGAAGAUAAGUUUCGCGGUCCGCGCUUCUGCUGGCUACGGAAGUUGGAGUUUAAGCUGGUCUUGCUGCCCCAACGGCUGCCGAAUAGGACACGCUCAACGACGGAUAAUAUAGCGGAAGCAAAACGAAACGCGGAGUACCUUUCCAGUCAGAUCCAUCAGCUCUUCGAUUGCCUGAAGACUCUCGAAGAGGAUGAUGGUCCGCAAGGCACGAUAGACCUUACCAUCAUCAGCCCUGAGACGCGUGAGACGGAGAUUAGGAUACCUGAAGCAUGGUUCAUACGGAUCCUUGACCCAGACCAGCUACCAACGCUCGAUUGUAUCGGCUCUCUACACCUUGGACCCUCUCCAGCCCCCCACCAGUCGAAUUACUUUAGCAGGUUUGAUCUCAGAGCUACACUAGAUCUCACACGCAAGCUCCCGGGUAUUGAGAGCAUAUGUGCCGAACUCUUUGACGAGCACAAUUGCGAUGCAGAAAUCGACAGGCUCCGUGUCCAUGGACGAGAAGACUUUUCUAGGGCCGCCAAGGACAUAUCGCUGAGAGCAAGGAAAGCAGAGUUGCAAUUCCAAGGCCGCAAGUCACAUCAACUUCUCGAUCAUGACGCUGCGAUGCCGAAGCUCGUCCGCUCAGAGCCCUCGGACCCCUUUAGCUCUAGUCUUAGACUUCUCUGCCAAAACCUGACUCAACUUCGACUGAGUGCCAUUAUUGACCACUCUUUCUUCUGGCCCGAAGAUGAUAACGGUUCGGCCUGGCCCAAUUUGAAGUCUUUGGAGGUCAAAUUCCACCCAGUCACCCCAACCGGAUCCUGGUAUUUCAUGGGACCCCGUGGAGAAGGCAAGGACGUACAGGGGUAUCCUGUCGAAGGAGUGGAAUAUGUCAGCCAAAGCCAGAAUGCUCACAGCGAUACCAUCAUAUUCGGUCAUGCUCCUUGCCGGCCAUCGGGAUGGCGUCUCAAGCCAAAUCCGAACACACUUUACCCUCUACUCACGGCGUUCGCAAAAUCAGCUGCUAGUAUGCCUCGCUUGAGAGAGGCUAUGAUUUGGUCACCAAUUUGGUGGUAUCUGGGGGAUCACGUCUCAGACAAGUUCUCAUACAAUAAAGGCUUCGACAUGAUGAACAGCCAAAGGUCACUAGGUUGGGGAAUUGGAUACACCGCGCCGGACGCCGAUGAGGUCUCGGGGUCUGUGCGGUCCGAUGAUGAGGAUGUCCGGCUUUUUGAGUGGAGAACCGGCAGUUGGGAGGCAGAUGAGACGCUUAAACAGCUGUUCCACAAGAUUGGUCGGGAGAAGUAUGGGGAUGAGUUUGAAGACGAUUGGGAUCCUGACGCAAAUCAGGAAGAUUUGUUCUUUGAGGGAUUCUGCCAAGGCGAAAGGAGUGUGUGA